AUGAGGGGUGCUACUGGUGGAGUGCAGCGUAAAGUGCAAGACGUCUACGGGAGUGCAUACUACGUUCACUGUUAUGCGCAUCAGUUGAACCUCAUUAUGCAGCAGGCAACAUCCCACAUCCCAAAGAUCGGCCAGUUUUUUUCAGAUGUAGGGGGGUUUUCUACAUUUUUUUCCAAGUCAUUCAAACAAACGGCAGUGCUUGAUGAAGUGGUGGCACACAGACUUCCAGGUGCUUCAACAACGCGAUGGAACUUCCACAGUCGAGCUGUUAACACCGUUUACGAGCACAAAGACGAACUGGUUAAGUGCUUCCAAACCAUUCGAGACAGAGGAGACUUUGAUGCCAUAUCGAAGAGAGAGGCCGGGGGUUUUAUGAGAAUGUUGGAAGAUGAGGUUUUCUGUUUCAUCCUGGCGUUAUUCCACAAAACCAUGCCACAUGUAGACAUGCUGUUUAACCAUCUGCAGAAGAGGAACAUAGACUCUGUCUUCAUCGCAGGGAUCACCCAGAGGUUCACUCACAGCAUUCAGGCCAUCAGGGACUCCGUUCCUUCUCUAGUUGAGGAUGAGGAGUAUAGGGGACCUGUACAGGAACCACCCCUGAAGAAACGGAGGGCAAUGGGAGAAGAAACGCAACAGCAUCUGGCAAUAGAGGUAUGUGAUACCAUUAUGAGCCAUGCCAAGGAGAGGUUUUCUUUCACCAAUCAUCUCAUCAGUGCCACUCUGUUGCAAGGAGACUUGUUUCCACAACACAGCAGAAAGUUCCGGAUUCAGCACUAGGAACCACGGUGGAUGCCUAUCCCAUGUUGGACAAAGCCAGACUUAAAACAGAACUGUCCCUGAUCUAUGAAAAUGAGGACUUCCAGGGUUGCAGUGGUGCACUGGCUCUCUUUCAGGUUGUAAUGGAAAAUAACCUUCAAGACACAUUCGCCGAAACUGUAAGUCUUCUCAAGAUCCUCAUCACCACACCCAUGACAACAGCAGAAUCAGAGAGGUGCUUCUCUACUUUAAAGAGGAUACAGACUUUCCUUAGGAACACGAUGGCACAAGAUCGCCUCAACGCUCUGGCUAUGCUCUCUAUAGAGAAAAAACUCACACGGGACAUUCCAGAUUUCAACACAAGGGUCAUUGAGAGAUUUGCCACUCAGAAAGACAGACGAGCAAAGUUCCUGUACAAAUAAGAGUUCUCCAUCCCCUUCACUCUCACUCACACAUUCACUCCAUCUACUUCUCUCAUACACAAAUCUAACUGUCACAGACACCAUAUGUUAGUCUCUCUCUACUCUUUA